AUGGCGAGGCCACGAGCAUGUGACGCAUGCUCCCUUCGCAAAGUCCGGUGCACAGGGUCACUACCUUGUCCGAAUUGUUCAAAGGCCGGGUUCAAAUGUUCCUUUGCAAAGACUCCAGGAAAAUCGGGACCAAAGGGGCCUCGUAUUGCAACUCGGGCUCGUGUGAGUGCGCAGUUGCAAAGCCUGGGCAAUAAAAGAAACACUGCCCCAUCUCCUUGCCCGUCACCCUCUACGCCAAAUGAGGGUACCGAUUGGAGAAGCAGGGGCUUUUCGAAUUCACCUUUAUCAUCAUCCAAUUCACUACAUAAGACAUGGAAGUUCGCCUUCUCGAUACACGAUGUGUUUGCUUAUCUCGAGAUAUACACGCAAAAAAUGUAUCCAGUAUGGCCGGUCAUUGACAGUGCCAAGCUGAGUUGCGCCAUCAGUGCAGAUGAAAAUGACCACGAAGCAUGUGCGUUAGCUUUCGCAGUAUGUGCUGGAACGGGCGCACAAUUGCAACUCAAGUCGACCACGCGAGAAUGGAACGCAUUCAAUCUCCCAGUGGAAAUGAGUCCAAUCGCCCUGGCGGACAGAUUUGCUGCCGAGGCUGAAAAAUGUCGGUCCAGAUAUGACUAUCGCGAAAGCUCAACUACCGAGUCUAUUUUGAUUCCUCUAUUUCUUCAUUUCUACUACGGAGCAAAGGAGAAGAGGCUGACGGCUUCCUUCUUAUUACGCGAAUCCGUGUCGCUGUGCCAGAUACAUGCCUUGGAUAAAGAAGAAACCUAUCAACGUUUAGACUUUUCAGAGGAAAGCUACAGACGCCGUACAUUCUGGCUUUUGUAUGUGACUGAGAGAGGAAACGCAAUGCAGCAUGGAACACCAAUAUGUCUCACAAAAUCCAUUUCCCUCCCCUCAAAUGACACUCAAGGUUCGCAGGUAUUGGAGGCUUUUCACAGUUUGGUUCAACUAUUUGCCUCUGUUGAUGGCGUACUGGUGGAUUCUGAAGCGGCUGCUGAGAAGCUUGAUAAUCGAUGCAGUAGAGAAAGACUUGUUCGAAUACAGCAUGAAUUACGACGAAACGAUCAAUGGCCCAUGGAGUGGAAUGAAACCCAAAGGAGCGAUGUUUCAGUUACGCAACAAUGGCUGAGAAUGCUUGUUUGGCAACUUUCUCUCAGCAAUGUCACCAUGUCAAGCGAGCCAGGAGACGAUAGCAUGUCAUUUGCUUACCCAGCUCAUGUAUCAAUAGAUGCGCUACGAUCCAUAUCAACUGUUUCUUUCGAUGCAUUAGUUGCACACGGCCCGGGAAUGUUAAAUGGAAGCCAGGAGGGCUUGGUCCAGAUCCGAAAGAGAUUGAUCGAGUCAAAUUUGAUACUUGAGCCAGUCCUCGAGCUCCGAGAAAUAUCUGAAUUGCACCAUGAUGAAGAUGAAUUGGUCAAUGAUAAGGAACAUAUCUCUCGUAAUGGGGAAAGCAGUUUUUACUAG